AUGCCACAAAUAAAUAGCAAUAUUGCCUUAUUUUAUCGAAUCAAUAACUUUAACCCGCAUACAGCUUAUACCGUGCCAUUUAUAAAUUACGCCCUUGCAAGGAGAUAUGAUUUGGGUUUAAGCAAAAAAAAUAUAGACAAGCAAAAAGAAAAAUAUGGUGAAACACUAAUUGGAAGAGCUAAAAUUUUUAGAUAUAUACUCAACUACUACAAUGAAUCUAGAGAGUUUGAACCUAGGCCUGUCGUGAUAAAUCCACAAGAAUAUUGUGAAGAACUAAAUUUACAAACAAUAGAAGAUGGUUGGAUGUUAAAACUUAACAAGUUAUACAGAGCUCGCAGUAAGUUCAUGGAUAUGAUUAACUAUAUUUUUUAUAAUUAUUAUUUGAAAUAA